AAAACAAGAAAUUUAAUGUACCUAUCGAAAUGUUGAGAACAACUAUAUCAAAGAUUAAAAAAGUUUGUACGUUCGCUAUAGUCCCUCGUAUUCUACAGGGAGAAGCUAAACAUGUGCAAAAGAAACUAACCAAAAAUUCCAUACUCACAUCGCGGGCCGCAAAGAGCACCAGUUCAAAUAACUCUGGAUCCAAAGAUGACACAGAGCACAAAAACCUAGUAGAUAAACAACCCAUUCACAUAUUGGAAAAACCAGAAGAAAACUUAAAUAAAUCUGUAGCGCAAGCUCCAGAAGAUAACUCAGAAGAAUGUAAUCGAAUUAUAAAUAAAAUUUUCGAAAACGACCCUGCAGUUGCUAAACCACUAGAACAAGCUACUGUCAACGCAACCACUAAAGCUGAUCAUGAGGAAUUGGAACAGAAGAUGGAGAAGCUUGAAGAAGCAUCUGUAGUGCCAUCACCACCUCAAUUUGAAGAGCAAAAUACACCAAGAGUACUUGGUAACCAGCAAAUGUUAAGUACAAUGACAGGAAGCGAAUUUUCAGAAAGCAAAGGAUAUGAUAGUAGCUUUGAUGAACUGGCGAAGAAGUGUCUUAGCGUUCCACCCAACGAAGUCGAUGAAUAUAUUAUUAAAGAACUAAGACAACAUUACGAACAAACCAAGGGAGGUGUUUAUGAGGGAACACCAAACGAAAGGUAUUAUAGCCAAGCGCUAUAUAAUCCGGAAGUAAUUCAUCUAGGUAAAGUAAAUUCUGCUACGAAAGCUGCUAACGUUCUUCAUAACUUGGAAAACGAAGAGGACGAGGACAAGUUUAUUCACGUAUACAAAGCAGAAAUUACCCAACCGUUGCUUUUUGAUCUUUUAUCGACAUACGAAGAAGAAACUGAUUUGAACAAACACCAGCUGGAACGGCCAAGUUUUGAAACUCCAUUACUAUUGAAUCCAUACGACAACAAUUUGAUAUUCCCACUUGAUGAUUAUGAACUUAGAAAGGAUUUGCUAAUUGAAACACCCAAAGUGGCAGAAACAAUGACUGUUACUGAAGCUGUACAAGAGAGUGAUGUUACUAAAAAUGAAGCUAUGCCUCCCGCAGAAAUGGAAAUUGAAUCUGAACGGCCUGCUAUCGGUGAACAGUUACAAGGCACCGUAGCUGGAAUAAGUCUAGGCGUACCCGAGAAUAUCGCAACUCCAGAAAACUCGCACACAUCAAAGAUAACCGGUAUAAACAAAAGCGCGUUUGUCUAUACACAGCAUUCACAUCGGCCACCAACAGAACCACCUCCAGAUUGGCAGACGCAACUCGGACAACACGGUGAUCGACAACCUGUCGUUCCAAAUACGUCAAUAUCAGGAAAAUUACCCGAAAUGGAAAAGAAACGACGCCAACAAACUUCCGAUUCAGCUAUUUCGUCGCAUCAAAACCUUCACGAUCUCUACAUGAUAGGAAUCAGUAACGAAAUAUCAGAUAUCCCAGAAUUACAAGCAGAUAAUAUUAGUAUGAAUAUUUUCUCAUCUAAAUAUUUGGAACUUCAAGAUGAAGACGAAAUAUCGGCUUAUGUAAGAAGAGAUCCUUAUACUCAUUUCAUUAUUGAACCAGAACCUAAACAGGAAAGAGAAGAAGUACUAUCGAAAGAGGAUAGUGUCGAAAAGGUCAGUUCUGACGAGAAAAAGACUGUUGUAAAAGCCCAGAAUCUAGAGGAUAAGAUCGCUGCUGCAACAGGACCGAUACCAAACAUCAAUGAAUCUGAGAUACCUUUGAAAGAAAUGCUCAGAAGAAUACGUGAGCGACAUCGCCAAGAACUGUGCCGCGACUUCUUCAAAGAGGCCAGUCAAUUCCAAUUCUCCACAUCUUGCAAACCCAAAAUUCCAUUUCCGGGUCCUUGCAAACCUAUUCCCAAAGAGAAGCCUAAAUCUGAAUGCCCACCGCCUCCCAAAUGCCCUGAAAAGACAGAUCCAUGUGCACCGAAAAAAGACAACCCAUGCUCAAAAUUCACCCAGCUUGGCAACCAAAUUUACAAUUCCAUUUGCUUCAUUCGCCUUACCCAUUUCAAUACUUUCGGCAAUGCUCAAACGAUGCCCAUAAUAAAUUACCAACCAUACAAGCAAUACUCUAAGGCAAUUUCAACGACUACCUUGCAAAUUCAUUGCUUGAACGGAGCUUUAAAAGAAAAUCCUAUUGACGCGUUAGACGUGGAUACCAUGGAAGAUGUUAUAUUAGCCAGAGAUUAUGAACCAUGGACACCGAUCCCUUCCUGGCCGAUUCCGAAGAAAGAACAGAAGAAAAAGCUCGUUUGCCCCAAGGAUGGUUGCAAGUUAUUACCACCGCCUCCCUUAAACCCAGCUGAAAAAGAUAAGCCAUGCGUCAGUUUUCCGAAGAAGACAUUCUCUUUGGCAGAGUUAUUUGAGCACCAGCCGGUCACAAGCGCUCGGUACUAACUUGUUCUGUCCUGUUAGCAGUUCUGUCGGUAUUUUUGCUACUUAAAUAUUAUACACUAUUAACAAUUUA